GUAUUAUUUUUUUGUCGAGAACACUCUCUCAGACACUUUCUCCCUUCGCAACUCAACGCACCGCCUCUUCCAGCUUCGCUCUUUCUUAAACCUCUAGUUACAAUGCGUGAAUACAAGCUCGUCGUUCUCGGCUCCGGUGGUGUCGGCAAGUCUGCUUUGACCGUCCAAUUCGUCCAGGGCAUCUUCGUCGAAAAGUACGAUCCCACCAUUGAGGACUCUUACCGCAAGCAAGUCGAGGUCGAUGGCGCACAAUGCAUGCUUGAGAUCCUCGAUACUGCCGGCACUGAGCAGUUCACUGCCAUGCGUGACUUGUACAUGAAGAACGGCCAGGGCUUCGUCCUCGUCUACUCUAUCACUGCCCAGUCGACCUUCAACGACUUGACCGACUUGCGAGAGCAAAUCCUCCGCGUCAAGGACACUGACGUCGUCCCCAUGGUUCUUGUUGGCAACAAGUGCGAUCUCGAGGACGAGCGUAUGGUUGGCAAGGAGCAAGGUCAGGGCCUCGCCAAGGGCUGGUCGUGCGCCUUCCUCGAGUCGUCGGCCAAGGCCAAGAUCAUGGUCAACGAGACUUUCUACGACCUUGUUCGCCAGAUCAACCGUCAACACCCCAACUCUGGCAAGGCAGACAAGAAGAAGGGCGGCUGCCUCGUCCUCUAAGUUUCCUUUUUGCACCUGAGCAAGGAAAAACAAAAUUUACAAAAAAAAAAAAAAUCAAAGACGCCUGUUUCCAUCGUCCCCGUUUCAGGCCUCUUGGAUCUUCCCUGUGACGAGCACGCGUGUGUGUACAUGUCCUUUUUUUCGCACGCAGGCAAAGUUGCAUUGUACGCGCUUGAUCUGUUGUGAAUGGAAGCCUUUGUUUGCUUCUCUUUUUUGUGUGUUGUCUAGUGUUUUUUUUUUCAUGGAUGGUUCGAACCAACUGCUACCAAUAUAAACUUUAUUUGGUGAA